GCGCUCGGCGCGGCGGGGCGAUGGCGGAGGAGUCGAAGCGCGCUGGCUCGGAGUCGGGGCCGGCUUGUCAGGCCGCGGCCGCCGCAGACGCCGCGGAGUCCUCCCUGCCGGCCGCCGAGGUGGCCCCGAGGUCGUCGCGGGCGGAGGAGCAGGGCGGCAAGUGCGUGUUCUGCCGCAUCGCCGGCCGGCGGGAGCCCAGCACCGAGCUGCUGCCCUGCGAGAAUGAAGACCUCGUUUGCUUCAAAGAUAUCAAACCAGCAGCACCUCAUCAUUAUCUUGUGGUGCCAAAGAAGCAUCUUGGAAACUGUAGAGAGCUAAAGAAAGAUCACAUAGAACUGGUUGAGAGCAUGGUAGCUGUUGGGAAAACCAUUCUUGAAAGGAAUAAUUUCACUGACUUCAAAAAUGCAAGAAUGGGUUUCCAUAUGCCUCCAUUCUGCUCCAUUUCUCACUUGCACCUUCACGUUCUGGCGCCUGUUGAUCAACUUGGCUUCUUAUCAAAGUUGGUUUAUAGAGUGAAUUCCUAUUGGUUUAUCACAGCUGAUUGUUUGAUUGAAAAACUAAGAACAUGAAAAUGUCAACAGUGGAAGAUUUUCCUAAUCUUGGCUCAACAUAAACUAAUAUUUUGGUCCCUUUGAAGUCUAAUUAUAAUUGUAAGGUUUGUUGGGUUUUAUGAGAGGCUAUUACUGGCUGCUAGCCUUAAAUCUUUUCUGAAUGUUUGUUUCCUGAGAUCUGUGAUACAGUUACUUGGAUACUCUGUCAUUGACUUUUUUAUUUUAAUGGUUACUUGUUUAAGGUUUAAGAUACCAUGGAUAAAAUCCCAUUAAAACAAAUUCCAUUAAUCAGGAAGGGCUAUUUUUUUACAAACAGUUCGAACAUUUUCAUUCUCAAUAGUCUAUUAUAAUAGUGAUUUAUUUAUGAAGAAUAAACUGGUAUGGAAAGUAUUUUGUUGGAGCCUUUAUUAUUACAAAGGAGAAAAGGGGAUUAACCAUUUCUUGACAGUUAUAUAAUUGUACACACAAAAUUUCAAAAUGAAGAGUACCAUACUACAUAGUGAUUUCUGUUCUUGUUGAAGGAAAGAAUUGUAUGUGUGUAAUUUUUUACUCCGAUUUCAGACACUGAUUUUCACUUCUUGAAGCCUAACAUUUUUGUUAAUAAAUUGUUCCUGAAAGCUAUGUGAUAUACAUUAAGUAAUUUUUAAUGGUGAGCUUACAAGAACAAUCAAUUUGGUUAUCCAAGAGAAUUCAGUAUACUGGCAGUUUACCUGUAAGGACGUGAAUGGGGAAGAAACAUGAAAUAGUUAUACUAAUGUAUUAAAAACUGGUAGAAAUUGUUGUUUCAUGGUUUGUUUAUUGUACCAAAGGAAAAGUAGAAUUAAAAAGUGAUUAGGCCUAGCUUUUAUCAUGAAAUAAUCUUGCUUUGAAAGUACAAAUAGAUAAGCUUGGAUGAGAAAAUUUAUUUUAAUAGCUCAGUGUUAGCAUUACUGAUACAUCAUUUCGUGAGACAUGCUUCUUUAGGUUUUGUUCUGAUCUGUGGUCACAACAGUGAAUGUGAGUGAAGAGUAAGGUAGUGAUAGCUAAUACUUCACUGUGCCAGUUCAUGAAUAUAAGUGAACACGAGGACUAAAGUAUUGAUGUUAGAAUAGGCUGAGAUGAUUCAUUUUCUUGCUUAUUAUUGGCAUGAUAUUGAUAUUAAGCAUAGUUUGAAGUAAUGAAAUAGUACAAUGUUUAAUGACAACAUCUGGGAUAUUUAGUUACAACAUCUGAAAUAAAUACUCAUUCAUUUAACAAACAUUUGCAGAGUAUUUAACAUUUUGAGGAUUAGGAUAUACAGGUGAGAAAGGACAGCCUGUUUUUAAAUGCUAAUACAAGGGUCAGAUGAAACGAGUCAGUAUAGUUUAGUGUGUCAAGUGCUCUCAUGCCCACAGAAGAGGCUGUGGAAAGGAAUACAAUUUUGAGAGCAGAUGGCAGUAUAACUGAAUAUUUAAGACACAGUGGUAGGCAGGUAGACAAUGGACGUUUAGGCUAAGGGACCCACAUGUACUUUUCCUGAAUUCUUGCUCUGUUAUUAUUUACUUUACAAUUGAAGUGAAUGUUCACAUUCCAUGUGGAAGGUAGGGGCUAUGGGCUCUCAAAAUUAGAUUUCCAAGCUUUUCAGCGCUGCUUUGUUCUACCAACACAGAUUAGCAGUUACAAGUUUGCAGAAAUCAAACGACAUGUGGAAGGUAGGGGCUAUGGGCUCUCAAAAUUAGAUUUCCAAGCUUUUCAGCUCUGCUUUGUUCUACCAACACAGAUUAGCAGUUACAAGUUUGCAGAAAUCAAACGACCAGCUGCAGAAAAGGAAUUUUGUGUAUACACAACAUAUUGUACUAUGUGAACUUGCAAUGAUAAAAAUGACACUAUUAUGAUAAUAACACAUAAGAUACUUAAGAAAUUCUCAAAUGCCUUAUGGACUUCUUCAAAAAUAUGAUUAGCCAACUGAUUUAUAUAGGUUUAUACUCUGUCAUAGUUAAGUUUUCCUUCUCUGUUACUACAAUUAAAAUUCACUCAGCUUUUUCAGUAGUUAUUUAGUAACUCAGUAGCUAUACAUUAACUCAACACAAAACUAACUCAUAACUUAUCUUUAAAAUGUUUAAAGUAAUAUCAAGAGCAUUAUUCAUGCAUGUUAUGAUAUUGUUUGUAAUUGCAGAAUUGUAAAAUGAUUAGUGAGCUGUUUCAAACUGUGCUUACUUAGCUAAAAGAAAGCUAAAUAAAUAUGGAAAAAUACUGUGUCAA